CUUGUCAGAGGGCUAGAGGAGAAAGACUAACCGAUGGGGGCUUGAAUUUGGGGGAGGGUUUGAAACAUUAGUUGGUGCUCAAUGGUUGCGAGUGUAGAGUGUGCGCGUGUCGUGUGUUAAGGGGAGAGCCAAGACAGGAAUACAGAACUAACCACAAUCUCCCUCACUCUUCAUCCCUUACACACACACGCUCUCCCCCACAAACAGAUGCACACACUCCCUCUUCUCGGCGUUCUCUCCCUCUCACUGCCUUUCUGAAUUCAGUGGGAUUUGACUCGGUCACUACGAUGUUUGCUGUUGCUGGAAGCUCUCUGCAGUGAGCACGCUGAGCGUCACAAGUGUCGCCAUAAGAUGGACCACCAAAGACGAAACCAUACCUCAAGCAACAUUUUGUAGUUAUGCUCCCCAAAAGUCCUCCGUUGAGUAAGAAAGAGAGUGAAAAGGGCUAAGGACUGCUUCGCAACAUACUGCCCUGACCUUGUGAUCCGCAACGGAGCCAUGAGCAACCCUAAGGAUGCCAGCGACACCAACACUAUGACCACAGCCACCUCAGCUCCAUCGGCCCCUUCCAGGCGGAGUGAAGAUGAUGAUGAUGACCUGAACAAGACCCUGGGGGUGCAGCUCUUCCAGCAGAUCCUCCACCCACCGGCCCGUGGACCCCCAGAGAAACACCGGGCCUACAACGAGGAAGACUUUGAGUACCACCGCCACUCCUCCCACCACAUCCACCACCCGCUGUCCAAACUACCCCCAGAAAGGAGGAAGAAGAAGAGCAAGAAGAAGGAAGCGGGAUGGAGGAGAGGAUCCGGGCCUGGCGGAGCACUCAACAUAGAGGAGGACGAGGAAGAGGAGGACGCAGAUGAGUCCUACAGCCAGAACGAUGGAGAGGGGGGGCAGACCACCACACCCACACCUGAUACUGACACGGACACACACAACGAGGUUGUGCAGUUCUUCGUGUCUGAGGAUGACCCUGCCAGUGCCACUCCUGCCCCCGGGCACAGCAAGGGUGGCAGUGCCACCCUUACCAGACGCCUCACCAUCGUACCUGAGACUGCCCUGGGUACCAACAUGCCAGAGGAUGCCACGGAUGAGCCAGUGGACUCAGUGUUGGCCCCCAACAAAGGGAGGAAUGGUCUAUCCUCUGGCCCCUCCCGGGAGUCCCACAACCCCUCCACACGGGGCUCCACACCUCCCUCCUCCUCCGCCUCCUCUUCCUCCUCCAGGACACCGCCCCCCGGCAGCCGCGGCUACGACCUGCAGGAGCGCCGGCGCUCGGGCAACAUGACGGGCGGGCAGCAGGAGCGCCACCAGCGCCAGGCCACCGACGACAGCGAGGCCCAGAUGCUGGGGUCCGCCGACCUGGAUGGCAUCAAGAGUCACAGGUUCGAGGAUGUGCCUGCGGUGCGCCGUCACCUGGUCAGGAAGAGCAACAAGGGUCAGGUGGUGCACAUCGGCAAAGACCACAAGGAGCCUAGUGCCCACUGCUGCAAGUUGGACCGUACCCCACAUGAGCCAGUGCUUGAGUAUCGGUCCUCCUCGCAUUCGGACAGAAUGGUUCGCUUGGAGUUCGUGGGUCGUAUGGCACGGCACCAGAAGGUGUUUGUGGAGCUGAACGAGUUGGUGAUGGAUAAGAACCAGGAGUUGCAGUGGCGGGAGACGGCCCGCUGGAUCAAAUUUGAGGAGGACGUGGAGGAGGAGACGGACCGCUGGGGCAAACCCCACGUUGCCUCGCUCUCCUUCCGUAGUCUUCUGGAGCUCCGCAAGACCAUCUCCCACGGUGCGGUGCUGCUGGACCUGAACCAGCACACCUUGCCUGGCAUUGCCCAUCAGGUGGUGGAGCAGAUGAUAAUCUCUGACCAGAUCAAAGUGGAGGACCGGGCCAAUGUCCUCAGAGCCCUACUACUCAAACACAGUCACCCGAGCGACGAGAAAGAACACAGCUCUUUCACGCAGAACAUCUCUGCCGCCAGCCUGGCCUCCCUGAUGGUGAACCACCACAGCAGCAGCAACCACAUAGGCCAAGCCGAGCCCUCUGCCAUUGAUCCCGUCGUAGGUGGAGGAGAGGCCGCCUGCAUCCUUCCAGACACCCGCAUUGACAUGGAGAAGAGCGAGAAAGACAGUCCUCCCAAAUUGGGCAUGCACAGGUCCAAGUCCAAACAUGAGCUCAAGUUGCUGGAGAAGAUUCCGGAAAAUGCAGAGGCCACCGUCGUCCUCGUAGGCACCGUGGCCUUCCUGGAGCAGCCAUCCAUGGCAUUUGUGCGUCUGCAGGAAGCCGUGCUGCUGGAGUCUGUGCUGGAGGUGCCCGUCCCUGUACGUUUCCUCUUCCUUCUAAUGGGCCCGCCCAUCGCCAACAUCGACUACCACCAGAUCGGCCGCUCCAUCUCCACACUUAUGUCUGACAAGCACUUCCACGAGGCGGCGUACAUGGCGGACGAGCGGCAGGAUCUGCUGAACGCCAUCAACAGCUUUCUGGACUGUAGCAUUGUGCUGCCGCCGUCUGAGGUGGCUGGCGAGGAGCUGCUUCGCUCGGUGGCCCGCUUCCAGAGAGAGAUGCUCCACAAGAGAGAGGAGCAGCAGGGCAAGAAGCUCAAGGUCAAAGAGCCCAAGAGCCCAAAGGAUAAAGCUCUGCAGGCACCCUUCAAACCUGGGGAUGACCCUCUGCGCCGGUCGGGCCACCUGUUUGGGGGGCUGAUCAGUGACGCCGCACGGCGCUACCCCAAAUAUGCCAGUGACUUCCGUGAUGCACUCAACCCCCAGUGCAUGGCUGCCAUCAUCUUCAUUUACUUCGCUGCUCUGUCGCCCGCUGUCACCUUUGGAGGACUGCUGGGUGAGAAAACGGGGGGGUUGAUUGGCGUGUCGGAGCUGAUCAUCGCCACGGCGAUGCAGGGGGUCAUCUUUUCCCUCCUGGGGGCACAGCCUCUGCUGGUGGUGGGCUUCUCUGGACCCCUCCUGGUUUUUGAGGAGGCCUUCUACUCAUUCUGCAAUGCCAACCAUAUAGAGUACUUGACGGGCCGGGUGUGGAUUGGCUUCUGGCUGGUGCUCAUCGUGGUCAUCAUAGUGGCCUUUGAAGGUAGCUUCCUGGUCCGCUUCGUCACGCGCUUCACCCAGGAGAUCUUCUCCUUCCUCAUCUCCCUCAUCUUCAUCUACGAGACCUUCUCGAAACUGGGCAAGAUCUUUCAAGAGCAUCCUCUCCAACGCUGUUACCUGGUCAACGACACAUGGACAUCCUCAUCAUGCAACAACACUGUGGUUGGCGUGCCUGGCAAGGUGGUGGGGGAGCCCAACACAGCCCUCCUGACGUUGGUGCUAAUGUCCGGAACGUUCUUCAUUGCGUUUUACCUGCGCAAGUUCAAGAACAGUUCCUUUUUCCCAGGCAAGCUCCGUAGGAUGAUUGGAGACUUCGGGGUUCCCAUCGCGAUUCUCAUCAUGGUGUUGGUGGACUACAGCAUAAAAGACACCUACACCCAGAAGCUAAGCGUGCCCACAGGCUUCUCGGUGACCAGUCCUGAAAAGCGUCAGUGGCUGAUCCCCCCGCUGGGCUCGGACGGACAGUUCCCUGUCUGGAUGAUGGCCACCAGCAUCUUACCUGCCCUGCUCGUCUUCAUCCUCAUCUUCAUGGAGACACAGAUCACCACGCUGAUAGUCAGUAAAAAGGAACGGAUGCUGUUGAAGGGCUCCGGCUUCCACCUGGACCUGCUCAUCAUCGUGGCCAUAGGUGGGGUUUCGGCCCUGUUCGGUCUGCCCUGGUUGGCCGCCGCCACAGUGCGUUCUGUUACCCACGCAAACGCCCUCACCGUCAUGAGCAAGGCGGUGGCCCCCGGCGACAAGCCCCGUAUCCAUGAAGUGAAAGAGCAGAGGGUGACGGGCUUCCUCGUAGCUCUGUUUGUCGGUUUGUCCAUUGUGAUCGGAGAUCUCCUGCGUCAGAUCCCCAUCGCUGUGCUCUUUGGGAUCUUCCUCUACAUGGGCGUCAUGUCCCUCAACGGUAUCCAGCUCACCGAGCGCAUGUUGCUGCUUUUGAUGCCUCCCAAGUAUCAUCCUGACCACACUUAUGUCCGCAAGGUGAGGACCCUGCGCAUGCAUCUGUUCACGGGGAUCCAGCUGGUGUGUCUGGCGGCACUGUGGACAGUCAUGUCCACCGUGGCUUCGCUGGCCUUCCCCUUCGUCCUCAUCCUCACCGUGCCCAUCAAAUGGUUCCUAUUGCCCCGCAUUUUCACCACGCGCGAGAUGCAGUGCUUGGAUGCAGAUGACGCAGAACCUAAGUUUGAUGAGAGGGAGGGACAGGAUGAGUACACAGAGAUGGUGCCAACGUGAUGGACAUUCUGCCAACCAAUAUACACCCUAGCCCUACAGUAUACUCCAGGAAGUUGCUCCAAACCAAAUCCUUUGUUUGUUCACCUGAUAUUUUAUAACGCUUCACUGAUGGUUGGAAAGGUUUUACUCAUUUUUUAAAUUGAACUGUCUUGAAAGCUUUUUAGGGUCCCAACUCCCACAUCAUAUAUUUUUUUUGUCUAUUUUCACUAUAUUGCUUUUUGGAAGGUGUAUUUGUCCUUCAAAAAUAAUUUGAGUUACUAUGUUGAUUCAUGUUUUUAGGUAUCUUUGGGGUGUGUUUUAAUGUCAGGUGGGAGUUUGAAUUGCUAUGUGUCAAAGACUAGAGCCCAAUUCCAAGUCUCCACCUUCUGCGCAAAGUGUGCAUCGGAAUUGGGCUUUUAGCAGAAACCACAUCCUCUGAGGUCAUGACCUAAGAAGAAGCACUUUAUUACGAUAGGAUCAGUACAGAUGUACUAUACAUCACAUUGUACUGAUGAAUAUAUACAUGUACAACAUAGUCAUAGACGAACAUUUACCAUUCAGUCUAGUUCCCACGGUUAGGCGUAUCAUUGCAGUAGUCUUUUGAAUGUUACAUAUUUAUUACUACUAUGGUACAUUUUUCAUUCAAGAGUGGGUCAAAUGUACACUACGUGGUUCUCAAUUCACAUGAUUUUAAGUGGCCCUCCAGUAUGACAAAUUCAUUUCAUUAAUGUUGUAGCUUCACUGAGAAGCACUUACCAUAAUGCACACUGACAGAAGUAAAAGCAACAAAAACCUGAUAAAUCUAAUGGUUCCCCAUCAAAAGGGCAACUAGGCCACGCUCAGUUAAUUGUUGUUGUCAAUGAGGAGGGUUUCUGUGUCCAUUCCAAUUGCCUUUAGUCCAAUACAAGAAAUACAAGAGUAGAAAAGAUUUGCAUUAUAGAGCUUUGCAUUAUAGAACCAAUUAUUUAUUAUUUGCAGUGUGUGUUUGUGGAGCCUGUCCAACUCUCUUUCGGCAAAUAGCAUGUGACUGUGACACCAUUAUAACUUUAUGUAUAAUAUGGUUUGAAUGGUAUUUGCAUUUAUUAUGGAUCCCCAUUAGCUGUUGCCAAUGCAGCAGCUGCUCUUCCUGGGGUCCAGAAAAAUUAAGGCAGUUUAUACAAUUUUAAAAAUACAUUCACAGAUUUCACAACACACUGUGUGCCCUCAGGCCCCUACUCCACCACUACCACAUAUCUACAGUACUAAAUCCAUGUGUAUGUGUAGUGCGUAUGUUAUCGUGUGUGUGCCAAUGUUUGUGUUGCUUCACAGUCCCCGCGGUUCCAUAAGGUGUUUUUUUCUCUGUUUUUUAAAUCUAAUUUUACUGCUUGCGUCAAUUACUUGAUGUGGAAUAGAGUUCCAGGUAGUCAUGGCUCUAUGUAGUACUGUGGUCCUCCCAUAGUCUGUUCUGGACGUGGGGACUAUGAAGAGACCUCUUGUGGCAUGUCUUGUGGGGUAUGUAUGGGUGUCUGAGCUGUGUGCUAGUAGUUUAGACAGACAGCUUGGUGCAUUCAACAUGUCAAUACCUCUCACAAAUACAAGUUUGUGACUUUCAGCCAGGAGAGAUUGACCUACAUAUUAUUAAUAUUAGCUGACUGUGUACAUCGAGGGGUCAGCCAUGCUGCCCUGUUCUGAGCCAAUUCCAAUUUUCCGAAGUCCUUUUUUGUGGCACCUGACCACACGACUAAACAGUAGUCAAGAUGUGACUAAACUAGGACCUGUAGGACCUGCCUUGUUGAUAGUGUUGUUAAGGCAGAGCAUUGCUUUAUUAUAGACAGACUGCUCCCUAUCUUAGCUACUACUGCAUCAAUAUGUUUUGACCAUGACAGUUUACAAUCUAGAGUUACUCCAAGCAGUUUAGUCAUCUCAACUAUCACAGUCACAAGCUAUUUGCCACACUUGAAUUUAAGCAAUUUGAGGUACAAUACAAAUGAGACAUAUUGUACUGGACUAAAGUCAAUUGGAAUGUUUUAUACAGGAUAUGGAUCCACCUCUGGGUAACAGAACGUUUUGUACGUGUAGGUGGUAACCAGAUUUGACACUGUUGUUUAAAAGCAGCCCUUAUUCAAAUUGAUUCAUUAUUUGCAAUUGAAUGAAUACAACCCUAGCAAUAAAGUAGCACUACAGUACCCAAUAACGUAGCACUACAGUACCCAAUAACGUAGCACUACAGUACCCAAUAACGUAGCACUACAGUACCCAAUAACGUAGCACUACAGUACCCAAUUGUGUGUAUUUGGGAUGAUACACAGGGGAAGCCUUCGUUAAUUCAUUUGGCAAAAUGUGUCAACAAUAAAAUAAAAAAUCCUAUCCUGUGGGAAUGACAAACCACAUUAUAUUAUUUGAAGAGCACAUACUGUAAGUGGCUUUCUACCGAUCACUUGCUGCGUAGAUCUCACCAUUGUGCUUCUCCGAACAUGUUAAAGAUCCCAUUACCUACAUAGUCUUCCAUACCUGAAUACACUACAUACCACCAUUUACUUGAUUUUCACUGUUGUGCACUCCUAGUUGUAUAGUCUUGGUUUAACUGUCUGAACAACAGUAUGUACAGUAUGUUGGCUUUAAUGUACAGUAAACAAAAGUAGGAGACAUUCUAUUCAAUAGAAAUGAAGGUAUUUUUACAUAUUUUUGGGCCCCAGUAGCUAAUCAUGUCUAUAAAGCCAAUGAGGAUAGUAUAUUAAUAACAGCUGUUUCCAUCUUAAAAUGUCACUGAAUGUGUUGUAUGUAACACAGUCAUAAUACACGUUAUUGAGAUUCUGUUUACUUUCUACCAGAAAGUUAAACAUCAUACCGGUGAAAAAUUACAGUUGUUUGCAAGUAUUUCAAAAGUGUGUAGUAGGAAGACUGUGUCUCGUUGAAUCACUGCAAAGGAAGAGCAGUGGCUGCCAUGUAUGGGUUUGUUGUCUUCAUGUGGUCCUACUUUGCAGAUUUGCUUGCUGUUGUUACAGUUUUCAGUUUGUGUGCUUUGUCAAGUUCACCAGGUCAAAUCAUCUUUCCACUCAAGAUACAAUGUGAGAGAACAUAAGAUGCCAUAAAUAUUUUAGCAUAUUUCUGGAUGCUUUGCAACGAAAUUGGGGAGGAAAAGGUUGUUGUUUUUUUAAACCAAAAAACAUUGCUUUGGGAUAAUUAACUGCAAAUAGUAUAGCAUGAGUGACAAAUAAAGAAGAAAGAAAAUAUAUUACAUACAAAUAUAUCCAUAUAUUUUCUUAGGAAACAAUCAUGGUUCAAGUGCUUUGGCUUUAGCUACAUUGCAAGAUGUUAAAAUAGACAAUCCGCCUUGCUCUCAUCCAUGUUAAGUUUGUAGAAUUACAAAAAUGGACUGGUUUUAAAUGUUUUUUUAUUUAUUUACAUGUAUUAUAUAUAUAUAAAUGUCUAUUAAUGAUCAAAUGAAACUGAAAGUUGUGUUUUCUUUUCUAUUUGCAAAGAUGUGUCUGUCCCUGUACAAAAGUAUGUGUAAAGUGGUUGAGAGAUACCUAAAAAUGAUCAAUUUAAAGUAGACAUUUGUAUUAAGGAUAGGCAAUAUAAAUGAUGUAUGGUACACUUUCUUCUUGUCAUCACCAUACUGUAUGAUCAAUCAC